AUGGUGGACCGACGAGCUAGCGACGCAGCUCCUCCACUUCAGACGCCCAUUGCCCCCGUUGCAAAGCGGAAACGACGUGCCUCCUGCCUGGGAGAACAGGAGCGACGCGAGAGGAAGAGAGCUAUUGACCGCGAAGCCCAGCGCUCACUAAGAGAAAAGACCAAGACGCAUAUUGCAGAGCUGGAGCGAACAAUACAGAUACUCCGAGAUCAAGAUCGUAAUGGAGCGACCGCGAGUCUACUGUCAGAGAUUGAUAGCCUACGAGUGGAGAACGAACGGCUGAAAGAUGUAAUCGAUAGUGUCAAAAGCGUGGUAGGACUGGACUUUGGCGUGUCCGGUAAGACUACUGCGACAGUAGUGUCACGACCACGAGCAGACGAUGGUGGCGAUGAAGCCACCUCUCCUGCUGCGACCAGUGCCGGUCAUCAGUCACCUAAGCCAUGCGCCAUCUCGUCUAGCAGUGCGACGAAACCAUGUCCCUCAACGCCCAUCGAUCAAGUAACUACUUUUGUUCCGUCUGCAGUCAAGCGACCGCUCGAUCUCGAUGGCAUGACAGUCAUGGCAGACCUGCAUCCACCGGCAAUGCUAGCAAAUCAACGUCAACAAGUUGAAAUGGAGCUCGACCUCCAACCAGUUCGAGAAAGCUCAGAAGAAGGGGAGGUAGAAGACUUACCCUGGGGCAAUGCACCAGCAACAGCGACCUGGGCACCCAUGAUGGAAGAAAUCUUCGGUCCAAACUGGCGUUGUCCCUCGCCGACUAUCCUCCAUAUCGGCAAUCCAGACAACCCAAUCUCGAACUCUUCCUCCAUCUGCCCCGUCUGGAAAAAGAGCAACGAGCUCUUCGGCAAAGUCUUCACCUACCAUCAUCGUUCUCCAGGUGCCACGAGCAGCUCUUCUUCCUCCAACAAUAGUCUAGUGCGGUCUGAUACUGCAGAAGCAGGACUGCUCUACCUAGGCAUAAAACAGGGUUGGGACAACUUGCCCUCACUGGAAUGGAUGAAGAGUCCAGCGCUCACAAUCUUGAAACAGGUUGACGAGCUGCUAUUCAAGCAUCUGCCCAACGUAGAGAGGUUGGCUGUAGCGUAUAAGAGUUUCAAGUUGCUCAAGUAUUAUCUCAACGCGACAAAAGAAGAAUUGGAUAAAGUGCCGCACUGGCUUCGCCCAAGUUUCUCACAAUCAUCCACCUCUCACCCCAUAGCCCUCGAUUUCUUCGCCUGGCCCACCAUCCGCUCCCGCUUACUCAACCACCACACCACAAUCUUUCAAACCAGCGCAGGUGCCGAUCUUUCCAGCUGCUACUCGCGCUUCCUGCGUUUUGACUGGCCGUUUGCCUUUGAAGAUGCUUUCUUCCUCGACGAGGAUACUGGCAUGCAUUACCCUAGUCCGCUGUUUGAGCGCUAUCACGGAGACUUGAAGUAUUGGUCGGUAGACGAGCAGUUCUUCGAUACAUUUCCAGAGAUGAGGGGCGAUAUUGAGGGCGAUCAGAGAAACGCAAGCGCAGGGAAGAUCAAUAUGUCUUUACGACGAAAGUCGUGCAAUGCUUGCUUCAAGAGCCGUCGGAAAUGCAAUCGAGAUUACCCCACAUGCGCAUCCUGUCGGAGGACCAAGAAGGAUUGCCAUUAUGCUUAUGCGAUAGUUUCCCAACCAGGCCUGCCGGAUGAUUUAAUUUCGACAGAGAGCGAAAAUACAGAUGGCGAUGGCCGCGUGGAUACUCUUGUGACAGCCGAGAUUGGGGACUUUACAGCUACAGACAUGCGACAGCCGGAUAAUGCUAUAACGUCAAGCCAAUUCAGCUUUGCCAGUCAGCAAUGCAGUCCCGCUAUGUUCCCGACGCGGAUACCGUCAACAUCACCAACAUCGAGCAUACCGAGUUUCCUCGGCGGUCUUGGUGAGUUGCAGCGCGUGGAGGGCAGCACAGAAAGCUGGCAGUGGGUCAUCAACGAGCUGAAACGAUGUCCACGCGAUUUGGCCAUGCGCGGCGAAACACUAUUUCUACACAAGAAGCUAUAUCGUAGCAUGAUGCCGGCGGCGAUCCGAACGGCCUUGGGCCUGUCGGCGACGUAUUGCUUGCUCAACGAAAGUAAUCGACAUGUCAUGUUCCAAGCCAUCGAUGCCGAGGUAUUUGACUUACUCCAGACGCCUUCAUUGUCAGAAGUAGAAAUAGCCAGAGCGAAGAACAGUGGAGUUCAUGACGGCAUGACUCUGAUCGAGGAGCUGGCGCGGCUGCAGGCGCUCAUGGUGUAUCAGAUGAUACGUAUGUACGACGGAGGGCUCGAGCAGCGCGCUCUCGUUGACCUUCAAAGGGGCAUAAUGACCACUCGGGCAUUACAGCUACUCAGGCGAUUGCGAGCAGAGCGUGACAAUGACUACGGCUGGCACGCCUGGAUCAUUGCUGAGAGCAUUCGUCGCACUGUCUUAACGGUCUACAUGUUCUAUGCCGUGUACUCUAUAGCGAUACAUGGUUUCUGUAUCGAUUUCCCUACGAUUGCAAAACUUCCUGUGUCGACGUCACCGGAAUUGUGGCACUCUGGGGAUGUUCAUCCGCCGCAGUGUUGGAGCAAUGAGAUGGAGCAGACGUUGUCAUAUGAGAAUUAUACGGAAGCAUGGAUAGUGUCGCCACAUGUCACGCUACUUCCGUUUGAGAAAUUCCUUGUUGUUCCUUGCAAAGGACUCGAAGGCGUUGCAGCGUAUAGUGAUGCGGCGUUGUAG